AAAAUGGCACCUCCUAGUUCCCCAGGCCCCUGGGGCCCAUCAGCUGCGAGCGUUCCUCAGCCUGAAGAGAUGGUGCUGCCUGGCUUCCCGGACAUCAACAGCUUCGUGAAGUUUGCUCUCGGGUCUGUGGUGACCAAGGCACCUACUGGCCUGCCACAAUCUGGCCCGGAGUAUGACUUUUAUCAGAGUUUUCCCGGCUUCCAAGCAUUCUGUGAGACUCAGGGAGACAGGCUGCUUGAGUGCAUGAGCAGAGUGAUGCAGUACCACGGGGAUCGGAGCGACAUCAAGGACUGCAGGAAAAUGACCAACUUGGAAGAUAAAUUUGAUUUAUUGGUUGAUGCCAAUGAUGCUAUUAUGGAUGGAGUGGACGUUCUACUGGAUGAAGCUUCAGGCAUGAAGAAGAAUCAGCAGCCCGUCCUCCCCCUAGGAUUACAAGACGCCCAGAUGAUCGGGCCCAGCUGGAACCAGAAGGCGGGAGAAUCUGUCAAAAAAACAAAAUUGGAAACCUUCUGGCCAAACAUCAUCCGACCGCAGCUUAAGUUCCGAGAGAAGAUCGACAAUUCCAACACCCCAUUUGUUCCAAAGAUCUUCAUCAAGCCCAAUGCCCAGAAACCUCUCCCUCAAGCACUGUCUAGGAAGAGUCGGGAGCACCCCAAGAGCCAAUCCGAGAACCCGGACGUGCCACUGGCCCUGGUCCACUUCCUCCACCAGCAGCGGACACAGCAGGGGGAGCAGGACGUGUUCGCACACCCUUAUCAGUAUGAACUGGAUCACUUUACGCCCCCCGAGUGGGCGCUUCAGAAACCCCAGCCCCAAGCCUACAAGCCCCUGGAGGACACUGCCUGCCACCUGGUGACCUCGCUGGACCAACUCGUGCGACUCAACGAGACGCUCCUGGCUUGUCGGGAAUUCGCGGUGGACUUGGAGCAUCACUCUUACCGGAGCUUCCUGGGCCUGACCUGCCUGAUGCAGAUUUCCACCCGCGCCGAAGACUUCAUCAUCGACACGCUGGAGCUGCGCAGCGACAUGCACAUCCUCAACGAGAGCUUCACAGACCCUGCCAUCGUGAAGGUCUUCCACGGCGCGAACUCAGACAUAGUGUGGCUGCAGAAGGACUUUGGGCUGUACGUGGUGAACAUGUUCGAUACCCACCAGGCCGCGCGCCUGCUUCAGCUGGGCGGGCACUCCCUGGCCCACUUGCUGAACCGCUACUGCAACGUGCAGAUGAACAAGCAGUAUCAGCUGGCCGACUGGAGGAUGCGCCCUUUGCCCGAGGAAAUGCUCCGGUACGCCCGCGAGGACACCCACUACCUGCUCUACAUUUACGACCGCCUGAGGCUGGAGCUGUGGGCCGGCGGCCACCAGCAGCCCACGCAGGCCCGGGUGGUGUGGCAGCGCAGCAGGGACCUCUGCCUCCGCAAGUUCGCCAAACCCCUGUUCACGGAUGAAUCCUACCUGAAACUGUACGCCAAGCUGAAGACGCCUCUCAACACGCAGCAGCUCGCGGCCUUCCGGCUGCUGUUCGCCUGGAGGGAUCACCUGGCACGGAGGGAGGACGAGAGCUGCGGCUACGUCUUGCCCAACCGCAUGUUGCUGAAGAUCUCCCAAGAGCUGCCCCGCGAGCCCCACGGCAUCCUUGCUUGCUGCUGCCCCGUCCCGCCGCUGGUCUGGCCACAACUUCAGGAGCUGCAUCGUCUCAUCCAGAAGGCUCGAGAAACACCUCUGUGCCAGUCGUCGGAAGUUGCCACCGCAGUGAGGAGGAGGGCACUGCCGCCCCAUCCCCGGAGGCGGGAAAAUGUUCUCUUGGAGCCUCACGGCUGCUCCCACGCUCGGCCGGGUGGCUGUCCUGCUGCCCCCACCAAUCAGCCCGUGGUCACCUUGUCUCACGAGCCCAGCGCGGAGGAAAACGGCAAGGCCGCCUUCAGAGUGGCCCCGGAGGAAGCCCAGCGCGCGGUGCAGUCCUGGGGGAACCCACUCGGGAUGUUUCCGCGGGCGCUGCAACACCACGCCCACAUUUCCCGGGCAGCCGAGUUCGACCCUUCCUCGAGCAUCAAUGAAACCAGCGAGUUCUGGAAGCCGGCCAGCCGAGCGCCGGGACAGCACUCUAAGGACACUGCCAGGAAGAGGGCAGCCCAGGCGACAGCCGCCCCAGACGAGGCCAAGGAAGGGGCGCAGACCCCCGCCCAGCCGGCCCUGUCGCUCCGCCAGCAGAUCGCCCUAGAAAACGCUGCCAAGAAAAGACAGCAAACAAGUGCCCCCGGAGCGCCGGAGCAGGAACAAGAGAAGAAACGGCCCCAACUGUCUUUCGAGAAGCCCAAGGGCCCCGGGGAGGCCCGCGCGGAGAAAGCUUUUACUCCCUUUGACUACCGCAAGCCAAGCUUGCAGGCGUUUGCUGAAAAUAGCAAGUCCAGACCGGCCUCCCAGUUUGACCCCAGUAAGGAGAUGACGCCUGGCAAGAACUGCUUCGCAGCCAAAGAACUCAAGCAGUUCGCGGGAAACAAAAGCAUGUCCUUCCGGCCCUGGGAGUUGGACAGAGGCUUCAGAUGCUACUGGCCCCGGAGACCGCAUCCAGCAGACUUCCGGGGUCUCCCCCAUGCCCGAUGGCAGUGGCCUUGGGAUGGUUUUGUAUACCAUCCCAGUUUGAACACUGUUAGAAAUAAUUGUUACUGGGAAAAGAAUCAAUAA